CAGAAAAGCAGUUUACUCUCAGAGGUUUUGAAAGAAAGCACUGGGACUCAAGGUCCAUAGGAGAAAAAUGUUUGUCCUAUUCCAGUUUACAUUCUUACUUUACACAUUCAGUAGUGCCAACGGCGUGUGCUUUUCAUUUAACUGCUCAGAAAAGGUUAAUCUCUCUGGGCAUGAGAAAUUUGAAAAUUGCAGCAUGCUGAAGUGGUCAGAAUUCAACAAGUGCCACAUGUUAUCAACACUGAUCUUAAGUCACAACUCAAUCAGCAGUGUUGAAACUUUUCCAGAGGCUACAUUUCAAAACCUUGUGAGUCUAGAUAUGUCUGACAACAAACUGACUAAACUCCCAGAUGACUUUCUUCAAGAUGCAAAAGACCUUGUAGAACUCAACCUUAGUAAAAAUAGGCUGAACAGUUUACCCCCUAAUUUUCUGAAGAAUUCUCUCCAACUAAACAUAUUGAAUCUCCAGGAAAAUCAGUUGUCUGACAUACCGUCUACCAUUUUUCACCAUGGCCUCCAAAACGUGACUUUUGAUUGUACAUGUAGUUUGGCACAUAGUGUAACACUAUAUAAAAAAAAUAUUUGCCAAAAUUAUACGAAUUGCCACCAGUCCUUUAAUUGCAAAACAGCUUCAGGAUGGUCCCGUGUUGAUGAUUUUUAUAAAGAAAAAUGUGGACCACCAGUUCUGUUGGCUUUAUACAUAGCGGUCCCAAUAGGGAUAUUGGUUUUCGUCCUCAGUGGGGGUUUAUUUUUUGUGUGCUGGAGAAAUAAGAAAUCAACUUUUCUUGAAAGCAAGGAGAAUUCAGACAAGUCACCUGCUCGUAGCCAGCCCCGUUACAUGACCAGGACUAUUGAUAGUAUGUCAACAGCUUCAAACCAGCACAGAUGUAGCCAAGACUAUGAGAAUAUUUUUGUUUCUGAACCUAUCAAGACAAACCAUUUGAAGCCCUAUGAAUAUAUAGAAUCUGAGCCAAGCAAUGUCAAAAGCAGUACUGUGGUAGAAGAAGACAUAUAUUUGGAAAGUGAUGCCAAUGAGAUUGAACAGCCUGUUUACAGCAAUACGCAACCCAUUUAUUAUAGCUACACGACGCCAAACGUUAUGAACUGCUCAAACAAAGAGGAUGAAGAUGUGUACAUCAUACCAGACCAGUGAUAUACAGUAAAUGUGUCA